AUGGCGGGGUCUCGCAAGGGAGAUGGCCUGGACGUGGACCAGCUCCACCCGGCGUCGGCCACAGGUGGGUGGACGUACCAGGAAGCCGUGUCGCCGAAUCCGUCGCUCCACGCCGACGAAGACAUCUUCCUCAAGAGCGGCAUCACGCCUGAAAUGAUCUUGCAAAGCCAGCGCAACGAUGCGUCCAUGCAGCACAUCUACUCGACCGUGUUCACCAAAGAAAACAUUCAAAAGCUCGGGUUCCGCAACCUGAUCAAGCAAAUCCGGUCCAAGAUUGGCAAGACGACCCAAGUCCCGACGUGCGAGAUCCGCAUGAAGAACGUCGACUACAUCGCGCCGAUCUCGCACCACGACUCGCAGAUCGAGACCCUGGCGUCGGCGUUCCGUCUGCCGUCGCUCGGCGGCAAGAAGGAAGAGGCCAAGUACAUCCUCAAGAACGUCAACGCGAUCUUCAAGCCCGGCACCAUGACGCUCGUCGUCGGUCCCCCCAGCUGCGGCAAAACAUCGCUGCUCAAGCUCCUCGCGGGCAUCCUCCACGUCCAAGGCAAGGAGAAGCUCAAGGGGUCCAUCACGUACAACGGAUGCAAAGCCAACCAGAUCGACCUCAGCUCCCUCGCCGCGUACGUGCAACAGAGCGACAACCACUACCCGACGCUGACGGUCAAAGAGACAUUCGAGUUCUCGCACAAGUGCCUCGUGGGCAAGAUCGACCCGAACGAUCCCCUCGCCGUGAACGAGCAGCACAUGGUGGACAUUCUGAUCUCGGUGUUUGGCCUGUCCGAGUGCGCCGACACGAUCAUCGGGGACGACAUGAUCCGAGGGGUGAGCGGGGGCCAGAAGCGGCGCGUGACGGUGGGCGAGAUGAUGACGGGUCGUGCGACAACGCUGCUCCUUGACGAGUUCUCAAACGGGCUCGACGCGUCGACGACGUACGACAUUGCCAAGGCGUCGUCAUGA